CUCAUUGCUCGUUGAAUUUGAUGAACUUCUAACUGUAGAUGUUGUGUUCCUUCCUAUAAAGAAAGCAUUUGCAUUUGUUUUAAUUACUUUUUUAUCUAAAUCAAAUAAUCAUUGAUCUACAUAAAUUUAUUCUUUCUCAUAAAAUUUUACGUUAUAUAUUCAUAAUGUGUGAUUAUUGUUCGUGGAUCGAUCAAAUUUUAACAAGAAUUAGAAAAGAAACAAAACCAGAGAAAAAGAAACGUCGUGUCUAUGUAGAUCCUGUUAUAAUAGUCCAUGGAGGUGCAGGAAAAAUUCCUCGUAACAAACGUAAACGUAUACUUGUUGAGGUUAAAAAUGCAGCAAUUGAAGCAUAUAGCGAUCUUAUCAACGGUCGAUCAGCAGUGGAUGCGGUAGAAAAAGCAAUUUCUUAUAUGGAAAAUAAAUCAUUAUUUAAUUGUGGAAAAGGAGGUUCUUUAGACCUUAAUAAUGAAGUUGUCAUGGAUGCUGCUAUAAUGACAACAAAAGAUGCUGGAUGCGUAGGUGCUGUUCGUGAUAUAGAACAUCCGAUUUCUUUAGCACGAAAAGUGUUAGAAAAUACGGAACACAUCUUAAUUGUUGAAAAAGGAGCUCAAAAAUUUGCAUUAGAUCACGGAAUUCCAAUUUUACCGCCAAGUAGUUUACGUGAAAUCUCUUCAUUAAGUUCACUCAAAUCCAUAUCAUUUGAAUCAUUUAAAAAUGAAGAAGAAUGUGAAACAUACAAAUUAAAAAAUGAAAAAAAAAAAUGUGAUUCAAAUUGCGUUAUAAAUCGAUAUGAAGAAGAUGAAGUAUAUCAAUUAUUUGAUGAUGAUAUAGAUAUAGAUGAUAUAGAUGAAUCAAUAAUUUUACAAGUAUGUUUUUCAUACUAUUAUUUUUCAUAAAAAAUCAUAUUUAUC